AGGAACUUUCGGCGUUCGAGUGAUCACUUAGUUGGCGCGAGCUCAGCUUUAUUCUUUUAAGUUGGACAAAACAACAAAUCGGGGAAGAAUCCAUCUGAAGCCAUGGAUUCUCCUGACAAGACGAAAAAUGAUACAGGGUAUAUCCCGGGUGAUGAUGCCUGGACGCAAUGGCGAAACAUCUUUUCCAUCUUGGCCGGAAAGAUGACCGACGAAGGCAAAGAGCAGUUCCGUAUAGCACGGGAUAUACGCAAUGAGGCUGCCGAUUGUAAGCGGUGUGAGGACCAGCGGGAUUACCUCCUACAGUACAGCCCGAUCAUUCGAUUCCUUAGCGACAACAUCCGCCAGCUCGGAGGUGAUAUCUCGAGCCACAACAUCUACUGUCGCCGUUGUACGACUCGGAAAGCAGGUGGAUUUGAUCCUGAUUAUGGUAUCCAGAUUUGCGCGAAUGAAAUGAGAGAUCAAGGUCAUCUGGAGGAUACGAUGGCACACGAGAUGGUCCACGCAUAUGAUCAUUUGAGGUUCAAGCUGAAUUGGACAGACAAUCUCAGGCACGCAGCGUGCACAGAGAUACGAGCAAGCUCACUCAGUGGAGAGUGCAGGUGGGCUCGGGAAUUCUUUCGAAGGGGUCAGUGGAAAUUGACGCAACAACAUCAAGAAUGCGUAAGACGGAGGGCUAUCCUUUCUGUCAGGGCUCGGCCUGCCUGCAGAGAUGAGGCACAUGCCGAGCAGGUAGUGAAUGAGGUGUGGGACAGCUGCUUCAGAGACACGCGACCUUUUGAUGAAAUCUACCGGUGAUAUUUGACGUCCAAUUCGACUGGGUUGUUUAUGAUAUUGUUACAUAGGGUUCUUUGUGGCUGGCGGAGUUAGGGAUCAAAUGGUCGUCAUUAUUUGUACG